CCAACAACAACUCCUUCAUUCGUUAUAAUCUUUCCUUAUUAUUUCAUCUUCAAUUCAAACAGCCACAAUGGUGGUGGGAAUGCCAAUUACCAUGCAAGCAGGAAGCUCCGGUUACCUCGAGAUGCAUCCUGAUCGCAAAAUUUCCAUGUUCCAAAACCCUUACAUUCUUGGAACCACAUUUGCCGCCGGAAUUGGUGGUCUUCUAUUUGGCUACGAUACAGGUGUGAUAUCUGGUGCACUUUUGUAUAUAAAAGAGGAUUUUGAGAUGGUGAGGAAUAGUAGCUUUAUUCAAGAGUUAAUUGUUGGGAUGGCGUUGUUGGGGGCAAUAUUCGGUGCUGCCAUGGGGGGUGUGAUUAACGAUGCUUGGGGGCGUAAAACAGCAACUAUUAUUGCAGACAUAAACUUCAUAGUUGGAUCACUUAUAAUGGCAGCAGCCCCAAAUCCAUAUGUAAUAAUAGCGGGUCGGUUACUUGUUGGUUUGGGUGUGGGUAUGGCAUCUGUUACUGCACCUGUUUAUAUAGCUGAAGCAUCUCCAACUGAAAUUAGAGGUGGAUUAGUUAGUGCUAAUACACUUAUGGUUACUGGUGGACAGUUUCUUUCUUUUGUUGUCAAUUAUGGUUUGACAAGAGUUCCUGGGACAUGGCGAUGGAUGCUUGCUCUUGCUGGUACCCCUGCUGUUGUUCAACUUCUUCUCAUGUCUUUUCUCCCUGAAUCCCCUAGAUGGCUUUACAUGAAGAAUAGGAAAGAAGAAGCCACUCUUGUACUUUCUAAGAUAUACUCAUCGCCUAGAUUGGAAGACGAGAUCCAAAUUUUGGAAGAUAACUUGGAGAAAGAAAGCAAGAGACAAGUGAAAGUUCAAUACACUGAUGUUUUCAAGUUUAAAGAAAUCAGACUGGCAUUCAUUUGUGGUGCUGGACUUCAAGCAUUUCAACAGUUUGCUGGUAUCAGCAUUGUGAUGUAUUACAGUCCUACAAUCAUUCAGAUGGCUGGAUUCAAAUCCAAUCAAGCGGCUCUCUUUCUUUCACUUUUUGUCUCUGGUAUGAAUGCUGCAGGAACGGUUCUUGGUAUUUACCUUGUCGAUCAUUUGGGGAGGAAAAAGCUUGCUCUUGCUAGUUUAUCAGGUGUCGUUGGAGCAUUGACACUUCUGUCUGCAGCAUGUUAUAUUAUUGGACAGGGUAACACAAAUCACUUGUUUGGUUGGCUUGCUGUUUUCGGAUUGGCCUUGUAUAUUGCUUUCUUUGCACCUGGAAUGGGUCCGAUACCUUGGACUGUUAACUCUGAGAUUUAUCCUGAAGAGUAUAGAGGUAUGUGUGGUGGAAUGUCUGCCACUGUUAAUUGGAUUUGCAGUGUCAUAAUGUCUACUAGCUUCCUUUCUGUUGUUGAUGCUAUUGGACUUGGUCAGAGUUUCAUGGUUAUCUUGGUUGUGUCUGUUGUUGCUAUUGGUUUUGUGAUCUUCUACAUGCCAGAGACUAAAGGUUUGACGUUUGAAGAAGUUACAACUCUAUGGAAGGAGAGAGCUUAUGGGAAGAACUACAACAAAGAAAGUCAUGCUGAGCAAGCAACUUCAACUAACUGAAAUGAAAUGAAAUCUUCUUCCAUAUCUUUACAUAAGUUUCUUUAGUUUAUUUAUUUGUUUGUUUGUUUAUGAGUGAGAGGUGGAGAGUGAUUCAUGCUCCAAGGCUUUGAUAUUUUUCUUUUAAGUCUUAGAAAUUUGUAUUUAGUACAAAAAUAAAUAAAUUUAUGUACAUUCCGAAUA